GUACUGAAAAUACUGCGUGUCAGGGCGGAACUACUUAAGACACUUUUAUUUUUGGACCUUUAGUGUUACUCUGUUGUAACUGCCAUUGGCAUGCACUUCUAUGUCAACUGCUGUUUCUUACUAGAUAAGUAAUUACAUUGUGCAGACGUUUCAGUUGUUUUUCACUGAAUAACAUUAUUUGUGUUGUUGUGAAGCAUGCAGUUUGCUCUGUUCUGCUAGACUGAGGCUUUGCAUUGCUCUGUCAGACAUCCUUGAGUGUCCCAUCUGGAAAACAGCUGUUGCAAGCCUAAAUAUACAUGAAGAGGCAGUGGAUCUCUUCAUAUGAAUAGUAAAUAUUAGUGGUAUUAAGGCACACUAUCAGUAUAUGCCUUAGGUGUUUAAAUUUAAAGUAUUUAAAUUUAAAAUUAUUUAUUUUAUUUUUUUUGAUUAAUUAUUCAUUUAUUUAUUUAUUAUUUAUUCAUAACCAGCAGCACAACCUGUUAUUGCUCUUUCACCUUUUAAAGCCUUUAAACACAAGGUUUAAAUGAAUUGCAUGAACACGUCAGACUGAAAUGACAGGCUUCAGCUGUACUGACACCAAUUCAUGCUGUCGAACCUCAGAUCCUUUACAAAAAGUCUGCAUCUUGCUUUUAAAAGCUCUGAUAGACACUUCUAGUUGAUUCUAGUACAGUAGAAAGGGACUGUACAUCCUCUGAGAUGCUUGUAAGCAUUGCUGAAGGAUGUAGGUGUGGAGAAGAGGAGGAGUUACUUCCUGUAUUUGCACACAGAGGUGAGUCUGGUAAAUCUAGCCGGUGGCUUGUGUGUGUGUGUCUCUCGCUCUCACACACACACACACACACACAGAGAUCUUUGGCUCAGAAGCUCAUUGAGUCUCGGAUAUAAUACGCGCUGACAGUCAGCAUGUCACAGGUUUAGUGAAAGGAGCUGAUUUUGAUUCCAGGAAAGGAAAGAAAGCAUCAAGGGAGCUGCCGCCAGCAGCCGAGUGGGCUGACCCACGCAGAUCCAGCGUCCAAAUUUCUGGAUUCUGGAGCUGCAGACGUCCACUCUUUCUGUCACAUGGAUGUGCAGGGUUAUAGACGUGUACGCUGGAAGGUGUGGCUCUGCCACUUUGGAGCACUAUGUUCCUUGGGUAUGCUGCUGUUAUUGUUCAGGUGGCGACCUCGCCUUGGCGUUCUGGCUCGUUGCUCCUCCUGCCCCAUUCCAAUGGCAGAUACCUUACUGCUGAGGGAUAAUUAUGGGCAGCAGUUUGUCAUAGAGGUACAAACAGAAGAGAUUGAAGAGGGGAGUUUAGGGCUUGCAGGAGGAGAGCUGGAUGAGAAUGAGUGCAGAGACAAUAUCCAGCUGCACAAAGAUGAGAAAACCCUGCUGCGAUACUACGUCUUUGAGGGCAUGCGAUAUGUGUGGAUGCCCAAAAAAGGGGCUUUCUGCAAAGUUAGUAUUCUCAGUGAGGGUUGGACUUGUGCUGAUCUGCACCACCAUCAGCAAGGACUCAGUCAACUGGACCAAAUUUCAAGGAGACAGAUUUUUGGGGACAAUAUCAUUGAUGUGCCUGUGAAAUCUUAUUUGCAGUUGCUGUUUGAAGAGGUCCUCAACCCGUUCUACAUAUUUCAAGUGUUUAGCAUCGUCCUGUGGAUGUCGGAUAAUUACUACUUUUAUGCUGUUUGCAUCUUUAUAAUAUCUUUCAUAUCCAUCGCUGUAUCCUUGUAUGAGAUCCGGAAGCAAAGCAGCACUCUGCGAAGCAUGGCCCAGCUCAUAGUGAACGUCACUGUACGCAGAGCCACUGGAGAGGAGGAGUGUGUGAGUUCUGUGGAGCUGGUACCAGGAGACUGUGUGGUGAUUCCUGCUGAAGGUCUGCACCUACCAUGCGAUGCUGCCCUGCUGGCCGGGGAGUGCAUGGUCAACGAGAGCAUGCUGACUGGUGAGAGCGUACCUGUGAUGAAGACCCCAUUGCCAGUCUCUGAAGUGAAAUACAGCCCUGAGUCUCAGCGCAGACACACACUGUUCUGUGGUACACAGGUCAUCCAAGCCAAAGGAGGUUGUCCCAGUGGGACGGGGGCCAUAGCUGUAGUUACACACACAGGCUUUUUCACUGCUAAAGGUGAUCUCAUCAGCUCCAUUCUCUACCCACAGCCGGUUAACUUCCGUUUUUAUACCGAUGCCAUGAAGUUCCUACUUUUCUUAGGAGUCUUGGCACUGAUUGGCACAGUUUACAGUAUAGUGAUGCUUUUCAUGAGCAAUACAACGUGGGCACAGAUCGUGAUCCGUUCUCUGGACAUUGUAACCAUUGUGGUACCUCCAGCUCUCCCUGCUGCUCUAACAACAGGCACGAUCUACGCCCAGGGGCGCCUCAAGAAAAACGGCGUGUUCUGCAUAAGUCCGCCUCGUAUCAAUGUCUGUGGAAAAAUUUCUCUGUUCUGCUUUGACAAGACAGGUACUCUGACCGAGGAGGGUCUGGAUGUGUGGGGGGUGAAGGAGGCUAACAGAAAUGGUGCAGGGUUUGAUGAGCUGGUACCUGACCCCCGUCUUCUCUCCCCGGGACCCAUGCUGUGGGCCUUGGCCUCCUGCCACUCGGUAGCUUUACUUGGAGCUCAGCCCAUUGGAGACCCACUGGAACUCAAAAUGAUUGAGUCUACAGGCUGGAAACUGGAGGAGCCGACUAAUGAAACAGGCACAAGUGUUGAGUUUGGCAGCCAUCGGAUCCUCGCAGUGAUGAGGCCACCUGCUUCAGAGUUCCAGCCUGAGGGAGUACCCAUUAGUCAGCCAGUGGCAAUAGUGCGCCGUUUCCCUUUUUCCUCCUCUCUACAAAGGAUGAGUGUGGUGACGGUGGGCUCGGGGGGAGGAUCAGCUCACUGCUUCCUCAAAGGGGCACCUGAGAUGGUGGCCAGCCACUGUGUGAAAGAAAGUGUACCUUCUCAGUUUACCAACACACUCCGGGAGUUUGCGAGUGAGGGCUUCAGGGUCCUAGCACUCGCCUACAAGGAGAUUGAUGCCCAGACAGACCUGAGCAGUAUUGAAAGGGUAGAUGUGGAGGCAGAUUUGCAGUUCCUGGGGCUGUUAGUGAUGAAGAACCAGGUGAAGCCUGAAAGUGCAGGAGUCAUCAGCACUUUGAGACAAGCACUGAUCCGCCCUGUCAUGGUUACUGGAGAUAACAUUCUUACAGCUCUGAAUGUAGCAAGAGCAUGUGGCAUGAUGUCCUUACAUGAGCAGAUUAUUUUUGUUCAUGCGUCGCCCCCUACUGCCAACUCCAUGGCAUUGUUACGAUUUCAUCAAGGUGAUGGUGCGGCUGCUGUCGUCAGCACACAAGAGACCAUGGAUAGUCUGGAACAGGGCCUUUACCAGAACAGUAUUAAGUAUCAUUUGGCUAUAAAUGGAAAGUCCUUCGCAGCUCUGUGCGAUUAUUUUCCAGAGCAACUACCUAAGGUUCUGAUGAAAGGAACAGUGUAUGCACGGAUGUCUCCGGACCAGAAGACACAGCUGGUUAAAGCUCUACAGGAACUGAAUUACAGAGUGGGUAUGUGUGGGGACGGAGCUAAUGACUGCGGAGCGCUGAGGGCUGCUGAUGUCGGAGUCUCUCUGUCUGAGGCUGAGGCUUCUGUUGCUUCUCCCUUUACCUCCAAAUCUGACAACAUCAGCUGUGUGCCUUUACUGAUCAGGGAGGGAAGAUGCUCACUGGUGACAUCCUUCAGUCUUUUCAAAUAUAUGGCAUUGUACAGUCUGAUCCAGUUUUCCUCUGUACUCAUCCUCUACACUGUGAAAACAAACUUGGGCGAUCUCCAGUUUCUCUUCUUUGACUUGGCCUUGGUGACCGUGCUUGCAAUAGUGAUGGGUCGAGGCGGCCCCAGUGAUCAGCUUCACCCCCAGCGACCCCCCGCCAGCCUUCUAGCUCUGCCUGUUCUUUCUUCUUUACUCAUUCACACAAUGCUGCUCAUCCUGGGCCAGGUGGCUGCUCUGCUCAUCACCAGAUCACAGGAAUGGUACAUUCCUCUCAAUUCCACUGUGUCAGGAGCAGAAAAUUUGCCAAACAUGGAGGACACAAGUGUGUUUGCUCUAUCAGGGUUCCAGUACAUCAUCAUGUGCAUAGUUGUGACGAAAGGCUACCCUUACAAGAAACCACUUUACAAAAAUGUCGUUUUUCUAUUUGUGCUGCUGGUCCUGUUUGCAGUCAUGAUUUGGUUGGUUCUGGUCCCCAAUACCUUUUUUCACAAUGUACUGCAGCUGUAUAACAUCACUGACUUGAACUACAACCUGUUGCUGGUGGCACUCGCUGCUCUCAACUUCUUCAUAUGCUAUCUGCUGGAGGUUCUUAUUGACACAUUUGUUCCGAACUGCCUCCGUACCCUUCGUGGAAAGCGGCAGUCGAAAAAGCAGUACAAGCGUUUGGAUGCCCAACUGGCAGAAACUCCAUCAUGGCCACCGCUGGAUCAGCCGCUUUACCCAUCACAGUGUUCUGUCAUCGGAGUUAGCUAGCAUAAGCCUCCUUGAACACGAACUAAUAAUAAAACAACUAACCAUUAUUUUCCAUAAUUAAAAGUGCCACUAAUUGACUACUACCUCCUAACGCAUACAUUUGGAGUCAAUGAAGUUAUAACAUAAUGAAAUUCUCCUCGGCAGCUGUCAGUAAAACGUCUGCUCAGAGGAAGAAUGCUGACAGAAAACGUAAAUGCCAUGGACCACAACAUCCAACCAAUCUGGACAAGGUGGCAUUCUCCAGUAGCUUGCCAAUACAAUACACACUGCACCUUAUACUAAUUGCUACCAAAGCGCUAACUAUAUUUUUAAACUCACAGUGCUGCAUUCAUUUAUACAUGAAGAACUUUUAUGCUUAGAUGAAGAAUUUAAUCAGGUGACAACGUGUCAUGUGCGCUGCACUGGCUUCAACUAGUGUUAAUGGGACCUACAUUCAUUAUGAAAACUGAGAUCUUGAUCUAAAUGUCUACCGCCUAUUAUAUAUGGCACAGUUACCAUAAUAAAGCAAUGUAUAUAUAUUCAUAACUCAAAUGUUUAAUGUCAUUAAUGCACUUCAAGUAGUUCUUAAUCCUACUCUUCAUUUAUAUUU